AUGGUUUGUAAGAUUCACAGCAUCUCUUGUGUGCUGAUCUUCUCUCUCUGUCUCUCUCUGUCUCUCUCUCUCGGUGUUGCACUUGGCGCCACUUUUUAUGGGUUAAACACGUCGUUCAAGUGUGAGAAACUCAAGGCCGUCUCCACGACAACACGACAGACAGAUCUCCACAGGGGUUUGGGCCUCAAGGAUCGGCACCAAACGUCGACGGUCCCAUCCUGUUGUGCGCGCGUGCGCGCCGGCCAUUGCGCGCUUCUGCUGCAUCCACCGGCUGGCUCCGCCGAGCCCGAAUGCACCACCAUGGCCGAUCGACCCGUCUCGCCCCGCUCUCGCCGGCGCAAGGCGCGCAACUCGGCCGCCCAAGAAAGCGAGCUGUCCAUGUUUGCAGACGAGGCCGCUUCCUCCUCGGGUACCCCUGUCCCCCUCGAUGAGAAGAAACCCCUUCACGAUUGGGAUUCCACCAGCAAACACCAUUGGAUCUCGGGCGUUUUUGACAAGAGCAAAGUCUGCUUUCGGUGCACGCGUCCGCUCGGUGUCAAAGCGCUUAGCUUGCAGGCACGCGCCUAUCGCUGCUCGCUGUGCAAACGCUACAUUCAUCUGGAUUGCCUCAAGAACCAGUUUGAUGUGUGGGGCACCUGCGAUCUUGGCGAGUUUGCUCCCAUCACCUUGGGCCCUGAGGAGAUUUGUCUUCAGCCUCUCCUCUCCGAUGUUGUCAAACCGGGUGUUGCCGGCGUGUGCUUGACGGCCGACGACAUUGACAUGAUUACAAGCUCGGGCCACAGCGGACUUCGCAAAGCCAGUCUGGAUGCCAACCUCCAACAUCGUGCAUCCACCGGUUACUUGUUUGAGCGCACUAGCCCCAUGGGUCGAGGGUCAGAUUUUGAGCUCGGUCGACGCGUCUCGCCCAUUCGCUCGCGCCAGGAAUCAGACGGCUCACUCACGGCACCGGACGACGAGGAUGCUGUGUUUGCGGGCUUCAACGUGAACCGCCUCUCCGACUCUCAACAACAAGAGUUUCGGGCGAGCAUGCGCCGUGCUUCAGCCCGCAAGGCCACAGCACAUCGCAGGGCACACAUGCAGGCGGCUCGCGCCUUGGAAGCGGCAGAUCGUGCAGACUACCAGUUUCACAUUCAGCCUCGGCCGGAAACGUUCCCUCUUCUGGUCCUGGUCAACCCCAAAUCUGGCGGUAAUCAGGGUGCCAAGCUUUUGCAUUCCUUUCUCUACUACCUCAAUCCUCGACAGGUGUACAACCUCAUGGCCACAGAUCCCGAUACUGGCAAGGUGCAGGGGCCCGGGCCGGCGUUGGACCGCUUCAAGAACGUUCCCAAUUUGCGGAUCCUAGUGUGCGGCGGUGACGGCACCGUGGGCUGGGUUUUGGCUGAACUUGACGCAAGGGGCAUGGACAAAGACAAAAUUGGGGUCGGAACUAUUCCCUUGGGCACGGGCAACGACCUCGCUCGUUUUCUCAAGAUGGGCGGCGGAUAUGAGGGGGAGUCAACCAAGAAGCUGCUUCACUGGAUCAUGGGCUCACUUGUCAUGCAGCUGGACCGAUGGUCCUUGACCUAUCGACUGCGCGAUCCUGCCCCAACAGCGGGCCUCAGUGACAUACCGGUCGCCGUGGAGCUCCCGCUGAUCGUUGUCAAUAAUUACUUUAGUUUUGGCUCGGAUGCUUUUGCCACCCUCAGCUUCCAUUUGGCCCGGGAACGCGACCCGGCCAAGUUCAAUUCACGCAUUCACAACAAAGCCUACUAUGGCUUUCAAGGGGCCAAGGACAUUUUCCGGCAUCGCUACAAGGAUCUCUGCGAGACUUUGGAACUGGAGUUUGACGGGCGUGACGUGACCCAAACCGUUCGGCGACAGGCCUUUGAAGCCAUUGCCUUUCUCAACAUUGCUUCCUACGCAGCCGGCACGCGACCGUGGGGCACCAAAAAUGCCGUCGAUGGAUUUGACGCACCCAGUUCCGAAGACCAGAAGCUUGAGGUUGUUGGCUUUCAAUCAGCGCUGGCCUUGGCCAAGGGCGUCAUGCGCAUUGGGCAUGCAGCCCGUCUUGCCCAAUGCCGGAGCGCAAAAAUCACGUUUCACGUCGAGACACCCGUUCAGGUGGACGGUGAGCCCGUCAUGUUGGCGCCGGGCGAGGUUGUCAUUUCUUUUAAAAAUCAAGCCACACUGCUGUGCCGGCCCAAGGGCCGCUUUCGUCGUGACUUUCAAGAAGGCUCGCGGCCGGCAGCGUUCCCCUUGACCAACGCGGUCGAGGCCGAGGUGGCGGAAGAUCGUCGGCGCGAGUCUGAUGAGGAGGAUGACGACAUGGAUAGUGAUGGUGACACGGAGCAGGUCGUUGCCGUGGCGGGGGCUGCCAGUCCUUCUCUCAUUGUGCGCGACGUCGAGGCUGCCGAGGCCGCCGCGGAGAGUGACAACAUGUCUGGUUUGGCUGACAAUGCGGCCAUGGCUGAGGUGGAGGCGCUGAUGGAAGGCGAAAUUGAAACACAUCGCCACCAGCCCGAUCACCUCUUGCCACCGGAGCCGGCUCACCGUGUAAUACUGCCCGUCUUUCUGGUAUGA